CAGUGUCUUACCAAGGUCACAGCAAUGGCGGGAAGAUGAUUCAGACAGAUUACAAGUGGCACCCACAGAAACAAAGUAAUUACCGUUGUAAGAAAUCAAAAAUAAAUCCCUAAUUAAAUCAAUUUCAGCCUUAUCCCCAAUUUUUUGAAACCCUAAUUUUUCCAAUUAUGUCUUUUCUCGAUGAAUUUAAAGCAAAUUUGGAAUCAUUGCCGAAUAUUCUGCAGAAAAAGUACGGAUUAUUACGUGACCUAGAUAAAAGCUUGCAGGAAAUUCAACGACAAAAUGAACAGCGGUGUGAGCAAGAAAUAGAGGAGAUUAAGCGAGUUAAAGGUGGAAGUAUAGUAACAGAUAACUCAGUUGUCAGAUUCUCUGAUGAGGCACUUGAUGAACAAAAGCAUAGUGUUAGGAUUGCGGAUGAAAAAGUCGCGUUGGCUGUUCAGGCUUAUGAUUUGGUAGAUGCACACAUACAGCAACUUGAUCAAUAUUUGAAAAAGUUUGAUGAAGAGCUUCGACGUGAGAGAGAAACCGCUGCAGCAGCUGCAUUGCCCAGCUCAAGUGUUGACGGCAGUGCUAAAUCUGGAAGGAUUGCUGAGGGUGGUAGAGGAGGGCGUAAAAAAACACGUAUGGGAGCAGCAGCAGCAGUAGCAACAACCGAAGCAGCAACAGCAUCAUUGACUGCAGCAACUUCUACAAAUCCUACCGGUAUGGAAUUAGAUUGUCCUGUGGAUCCAAACGAACCAACGUAUUGUUUCUGCCAGCAAGUAAGCUAUGGGGAGAUGGUAGCCUGUGAUAACCCUAAUUGCCCUAUAGAAUGGUUCCAUUUUGGUUGCGUGGGUCUGAAGGAACAACCAAAAGGGAAAUGGUAUUGUUCAGAUUGUGCAGCUUUGAAGAAUCGUCGGAAGGGCAGAUGAUCGCUUACGGAAUCCUUGUUACGCUGUAUAGCUGUGAUGAAAUGGACUGCAUAAGUCUGCCAUGGAAUCUAACUUGAACAGUAAACUCAUUCUUUUGCGAUUUUGCUAGUUUUGUAGAACUUUUGUUUUUUCAGAAUACUCCUGUUAUUUGUAAGGCCAUGCAGUUGUAUACAGUUUGAAAAGGAUGAAGGAUUAUAAAUUAUUUUA